AUGACCAUCCGCGGCAUAUUUUAUGCCCGGUUCCUGCCGCAGGAGGGGACCAAGAUUGUCGCGCAAAGUCCUCCCGGCUGCAUCGUACCCGUGGCCGUGGCCGACGAGAGCGACGAUGACUUUGAUGACCGCCACCGUGAGACUGGGGCCGCCUCUGCAACCGCAGCCGCAGCCACAGCCACAGCAGCGGCGGGAGAUCGGAAGGAGAGUGGCGAUUCCCUAUUCUCUCCCACAAGUACCCGCGCUCUGGUCAGCGACGACAGAGACAAGAGCGAAACCGACAGCGACGAUGACGAAGAGGACGAUGCCACAAUUACCGCAGCGGCAGCGGCAGCAGCUGCGUCGGCCCUGCUCGGGAGCAGCAGCGGCCACACACGCAAUACACAAAACACUCAACCCGGCACCAGUGGCCUACCCAAACGCGGCCGCGGCAAGCCACUCGUCGACUUCGAGGUCAUGCAAGAAUACGUCAUCCCGCGCCCGGCCUUCUUCAACCACUAUCUAGCCGCCCAGGAUCCCAGCGGACGCUACACCGUCCUGGGCCUGCCCGUUGCCAUCCGCGACGCCAAGUACGACCGCAACGAAUUCAUCUUCAACUUCGGCAUCGUCGUGGACGCCGGUGACGACCAGGGGCCGUACGAACGAGUCGUGCGUCGCCUUGCGUCAACAUUUGCCGAGAUGGAGAAGCAGAACGAAUUUCUGAGCCGCGAAGAGCUGCGCGAGCAGCAACGUUUGCGGAGCAUGCUGGGACCACGGACCGUGGCGGGAACAGGAAAUAGAACUGGCGGCAUUAGCGAGUCCUGGCUUUCUCGGGGCACCAGACCCGGCAGCGGUCUGCCCACCAACACCUAUCCAGCAAGCCCCGCGGCUGGCAUUGGCAGCCAUGCAUCGGGAACAGGGUCCGACGCUGGUUCCGGCACGCCCGGGUUCCACUCCAUGGCCGGCGCGCUAGGAAAUACCAAGGCUAUCAGCAACAUCGACGAGUUUCUCGACCGGCGACGCAUUGCUGCACAGUCCCCUCAGACGCGCCCCAAUCAACACGGCGGGGCGGGCAGCGGCAGCAUCUGGACGGCCAGCACUAGCAAAGUUUCUGGUGCCAGGGCCGGAACAAGCACAAACAACAUUGCCGCCAGUGCGACGGCUGCGUCCAAUACCGUCAUGGCCAUGAACGAGCACAAUGGCCACAGCCCGUACCACCGACGGUCCAUCCAGAGCCUGCUCGAGAUUAUCAAAGAAGACCUGAAUCUGUAUGGCGAGUGCAUGAUUCCCGUCGACGACGCCAACACCAUCAAUAUGAAGCUGUUCCCGCUGCACCCCAACCCGCCCGCCGUCGAGGGCUGGCACGUCCCCGUCCCCAAGAUGCGCCUCGCCGACACCGUCGACCCAUCGUGGGAUCUGACCCUUCAGCGGGUCAUUGCCCACAUGGACGGCGUCUCCGACGUGCGCCGCAUCGCCUUUGAGGCCGACAUCUCCAUGGAGCUAUGCCGCUCUGCUCUGCGCCACCUACUCUACUACGACACCAUUUUACUGCUCGACAUGUUUUUCUUCGGCUCGUGUUACGCGCCACGACCAGGCAUCCACGAUUUCGUCGCCAAUGUCGGCGGAAUCGUGGACGAAUGUGCUCGAUAUGUGUGUCUGGACAGGCAGAAUCACCAGAACUACUACCAGCACGACGAAGACGUUGACGACGAUGAUGACAACGAUGACAACGAUGACGACGACGACCUUACCAUUGGAGGUCACGGCGGCGGCUCGCGAAUCAACAUCCAUAGACAACGGCCAUACAGCGGUCUCUCGUCAGAUCUUGGCCAUGGCCUCGAUCACAGCCGUCGUCGCUGGCACGGUUUUGACUCUGGCGACAACUCCGACUCCGACGACCGGCACGGCAACGACCACCGCCCGCUGCGUGUCAGCAACUAUGACCUCGUCCGCCUCAUGACAAGCUUCUGUGUAGGCCGCACCGUCACCGAGUGGCUCAAGAGCCAUGCCGAUGCCGGCUUUGACGUGCUGCGUUAUGUCGACGUGCGUCGCCUCGUCCAAUUUGGCGUUAUCAAAGGCUGCCUGUACCGUGUGCACAAGUAUGUCGUCUCGAAGCAGUACCUAGCUUCGCUCGUCACGGGACGGUCCGCCCCUGACCCCAUUCCGCGCCACGGCUACCGACCCAACUACAGCCGCGGCCACGACGAGCAGCACCCACCGCCGCAUCACGGCACCGCCAAAGACCCGCUGCAAAAGUACACCGAUGGACACCACCAUUUUGACCAGAUCAUCACAGAGCAGAACCUGACCGAGGUCGAGCUGAUUGAGCGGUUGAAACGGCUACCUCUGCCUGCCGGCGAUCUGAAGAUCCUGUAUCGGUAG